AUGACCGUGACCGCGGUCCAGAAAGCGCAACUCUACAACCUCCUCAGCGCCGCCCUGACCAACGUGGACACCUGCAUCGACGGCUUCUCCCACAGCCAAUCCGACAAGAAGGUCCAGGCGGACAUCCUCAUAAACGACUGGAUGGGAUUGAACAGCACCGUUAGCGACCUCUUGUCGGCAAUGGAUAAUAUACUGAAGGUUAAGGAGACGGAGACGGUUCCCCCGGACGGAGAGGAGUGGCCGGAGUGUCUGUCGGCCGAGGAUAGGGUGCUGCUGGAGCAGCAGCCGAGGGUGGUGCACGUGAUGGUGGCGUUGGACAAGACCGGGAAGUACAUGACGGUGUCGGAAGCGGUGAAGAAUGCGCCGGUGAAGAGUAGUGAGAGGUAUGUGAUUAGGAUAAAGGAGGGGAAAUAUAAGGAGAAUGUGGUGAUACCGAAGAACAUGACGAACUUGGUGUUCAUCGGAGAUGGCUACGACAAAACUUUUAUCAUCGCCAGCAAGAACGUCGUCGACGGCGACACCACCUUCAGUUCCGCCACCGUAGAUUUUGACUAUCGGGUUAUGCCCUAG